GCGCCUCCCCUCCCCGCCGCCUCCUCCUCCACCUCCGGCGGCGGGCGAGGACUCGUCCAGGGACAUAAAUAAAUAAAUAAUUCCAUUCACCCUUUGAUAGCGAGGCGAACUGGCGGCAGACGGACCGCUGCAGCGCCCACCCAGUGCCGGAGACCAGGUCAAGAGUUAAUCUGAAGAUGUGAUGGUCACCUGGGCAUCCUUAGACACGGGAAUCUUACAAACCAAAGGACCUUUGGACUCUGUGCUGAUAAAGCUCCCUUGCAAGAAUACUGGAGUGGUUGCCAUUUCCUUUUCCAGGGGAUCUUCUUGACUCAAGGAUCGAACCCGAAUCUCCUGUACUGGCAGGUUACUUGAAUUUCAAAUAGAGAAGCAGAAAUGCCACCACCAGGAGGCACCCCACCACUACAUCCACCUCCUGAUGGAGGAUGGGGCUGGGUAGUGGUUGGAGCAGCUUUUAUCUCCAUUGGAUUUUCAUAUGCGUUUCCCAAAGCUGUCACAGUAUUCUUCAAAGAAAUCCAGCUCCUGUUCAACACUACCUACAGUGAAAUAGCAUGGAUAUCAUCUACUAUGUUGGCUGUUAUGUAUGCAGGAGGUCCUAUAAGUAGCGUUUUGGUGAAUAAAUAUGGUAGCCGGCCAGUGGUGAUGGUAGGAGGUUUGUUAUGCUGUUUGGGUAUGGUCUCGGCCUCUUAUAGUACCAACGUAGUAGAGCUUUACUUCACAAUGGGAUUAAUUUGCGGUAUAGGUCUAGCCUUCAACCUGCAACCUGCCUUAACAAUCAUUGGCAAAUACUUCUAUAAGAAACGACCUGUAGCGAAUGGCCUUGCAAUGGCAGGAAGUCCUGUUUUCUUAAGUACAUUGGCUCCUUUCAAUCAAUACCUCCUUAAUACUUACGGCUGGAAGGGAAGUUUCAUGAUUUUGGGAGGUUUACUAUUGAACUGCUGUGUGGCUGGGUCCCUUAUGAGACCUGUUGAACCCAAAGCAAGUACUGAGUCUAAAAAUAAGGUUAGUGUAAGUGAACCUGAUUCCAGUGUGAAGAAAAGACAAAAAAAGUUAUCAGUAUGGGAAGAAACUAAUAAAUAUUUAGAUUUCUCCCUUUUUAAGCAUAGGGGAUUUCUGAUAUACUUAUCUGGAAAUGUCAUUAUGUUUCUGGGGUUCUUCGCCCCCGUUAUAUUCUUGGCUCCAUAUGCUAAAGACAAAGGAAUUGAUGAGUAUUCUGCAGCUUUCUUGCUCUCUGUUAUGGCUUUUGUUGAUAUGUUUGCCAGACCUACUGUAGGACUUAUUGCCAACUCCAAAGUAAUCCGACCCCGAAUCCAGUACUUCUUCAGUUUCGCAGUGAUGUUCACUGGAAUCUGUCAUCUCUUAUGCGCAUUGGCUGAGGACUACACAAGCCUGGUGGUGUAUGCUGUAUUUUUUGGCCUUGGAUUUGGGAGUGUUAGCAGUGUCCUCUUUGAAACUCUCAUGGACCUUGUUGGUGCUCAAAGAUUUUCCAGUGCUGUGGGACUCGUCACAGUUGUGGAGUGUUGUCCUGUCCUCCUUGGUCCUCCUCUUGCUGGUAAAUUGGUGGAUGAAACUGGACAAUAUAAAUACAUGUAUUUGGCCUGUGGAGCUGUUGUGGUCCUAGCCAGCGUGUGGCUGCUCAUCGGUAAUGCUAUCAACUACAGAUUGCUUGCAAGGGAAAAGAAGAAUAUACAUACCAAGGAAUCUCAAGAAACUGAACCUUUGAAGACAUCUCAAAGUCCCAGUGUUAAUAUCGAAAGUGGCAAAACUGAAAAGUGGGAAGGAGCAGAGGUUAAUCCCUCAGAAAGAGAAACGAAUAUUUAACAAGAAGCAUAUCUCGGAUUUCAGUGUUCCUAACUUUCUUAGGAGUAUUUUUUUUUCAACAUAUUGGAAGAUUUUUAGUUGAAGAGUCAUAGUUAAGGAUGGAGAUGAGAUUUUCCUUAAUGACAAAUUUUAAAUGUUUGUCUUUAAAAACUUAUUUGGGUAGUUAAAUUUUGAGAUUAAGCAUAUAAACAAUUCAUGCACUGGGUUUAUGUCCAUACAUGAGUCUGGUUGUGGUGGUUAAAUGAUUUUAAAGUCUUCCAGUGACUUCUAGUCUUGGUUACAGAGAUCUGAAUUUCAAAAUGCUGGUUUAAGUAGUUAGAAAGAGUAUGUUUAAUCCUAUAAGAAUACCCUCUCCACAUUUCAUUUUUUAUUCAACAUUGGUGAAAUGGAAUUGAAGGAAAUUAAUUUUUUCCCUAAACAUCCUCAUACACACCAACUUUCAUACACUUAAGAAUGAGCAGACAAGAUAUCUGGAGAAAAAAGACAAGUUUAUAAAGAAUAUUAUCACUGUAUAUAUAUAUUUAAAUCCAUGGAGAAAAAAAUGCAUUAUAUCUGCUUAGUACCUUAUAAUGUGGAUGUUAGAGAUAAGAACAUGGGUGAAAAUGAGGG